CUGCGCACUAUUAUCCGUCACUGCCGCACCUGCGCGGCUGUAAAACCAGAGAGUAGAGAGUGAGGAAAGCAGACUCGUUUGAUUGUACAUCAGAUCUGUAAAAGCAUCACGGCUGACCUUAUAAACAGAGUAAAAACUUAAUCCUCUUUUAACCGCGUCUUCAAGAUAAAAAAAUACUCGCUCAGUCAGCCGGUAAACACUAGGCGACCCGGAGCGCUUUUUCCAGUCGGACAAACAAUAACAAUCUGUUUGCUGUCACAUCAUGAACCCUGAAUAUGACUACUUAUUUAAGCUGCUUCUGAUUGGAGAUUCUGGUGUUGGGAAAUCCUGCAUCCUCCUGCGAUUUGCGGAUGACACAUACACUGAGAGUUUUAUCAGUACCAUCGGGGUGGAUUUCAAGAUCCGAACUAUUGAGUUGGAUGGAAAGACUAUCAAACUGCAAAUUUGGGACACUGCCGGACAGGAGAGAUUUCGCACCAUUACCUCCAGCUACUACAGGGGAGCUCACGGGAUCAUUGUUGUCUAUGAUGUUACGGACCAGGAAUCUUACAACAACGUGAAACAGUGGCUGAAGGAAAUCGAUCGGUAUGCAAGUGAGAAUGUCAACAAACUACUUGUAGGGAACAAGUGUGAUCUCACUACAAAAAAAGUUGUGGACUAUACAACAGCAAAGGAGUUUGCUGACUCUCUUGGUAUCCCUUUCCUUGAAACGAGUGCCAAAAACACCACAAACGUGGAGCAGGCGUUCAUGACCAUGGCAGAAGAAAUAAAGAAACGAAUGAGACCGGGAGCUUCGGGUGGUGCAGAGAAAACUGAUAUUAAGAUCGAUAGCACCCCUGUACAACAGUCGGGUGGAGGGUGCUGCUAGUAUAGUAACAUAUUUUCUCAGGGACUGUGAAGAUUGGAUGGGUUUCGAAGACUGGACGUUAUUGAGUGUUGUGUAGAAGUGACAAAUAUGGAUAAACAUGACUGACUGCCGCAUGGUGCUCAAUAAAGUCAAAAAUCACUACUGUUGUUUUACAAUGUGCACACACAAAGAAACACUUAGAUGGCUUUUUCCACUUUUAAGUUAAUGUGUUUAAAAAUAAGAUAUAAACCGAUUCGGGGUAUUUGCCUGUAUGUAAAAAAAAAUGUCCAAAUCACUGUUAAUAGUCGGUAACAUUAACAAUCCAUUCAUAUGGCAGUUUAAAUCCUCAAAGUAUGUACUGUAAGAUGCACUGCGCAGGAUUGCUGCAUUGUUCAUGUUUUACAAUAAGAUCUGUGCUAGAGGUUACGAGUUGUCAUUUAAGGCAUUGUGCUUCAGUAUGGUAGACCACCGACUCUCAAGAUUUCUCAUUUAGAGUUUUAUUAUAGUUUAUAGAAAUAUUAAUAAUGUUGUGUGGUGUGUCGUCAUUAGUUUAUCUUCAUUGUAAUGGCGUUGAAAUAAAUUAAUGACAUUUA